GGACGUUACAGAGGUGGAGUUUCCUCUCGUUUCCUUCCUUCCUUCCUUUAAAGCUGGGCACCACAGCCUGGCUCGCCUAGUUCGCCUCACCCCAGUCCAGGCGAGGGAAGUGGAGCGAUGUUGUCACUUCCGUUAAAACCCCCAUCUACAUCCAGGUCAGCGCUCUUGCCGCUGCCGCUGCCGCUGCGGCUGGGGGACCUGGCAGGGGUCUCCGCCGCCGACCGAGGGGCUCUGGUGGAGCCCCCCUCACGGCCCAGCUCUGGGCCGGUCUGCCCCACUUCGCCGGCCUGGAGGGGCGAAGAGGACAAGGAGGCGGAGGCUUCCUCUCGGGUCAGUGGUUCUCUGGAUUACCAGGAAUCUGUAGUUGAUAUUGAGGCCAGGCUAAGGAUGGAAGGUGUGGAACUUAAGGAAGAAUGGCAAGAUGAAGAUUUCCCAAUACCCUUACCAGAGGAUGACAGCAUUGAAGCAGGUGUUUUAACUUCAGCAGGACCAGAACACCAGCCAGGCCCACUAGAAGUAAAUGGAAAUAAAGUAAGAAAAAAAUUAAUGGCUCCAGAUAUUAGUUUAACACUGGAUCGGAGUGAUGGUUCCAUUUUGUCAGAUGAUUUGGAAGAAAGUGAAGAGAUUGACUUGGAUUGUUUAGACACUCCAUCGGAAAACAGUAAUGAGUUUGAAUGGGAAGAUGAUCUUCCAAAACCCAAAACUACUGAAGUAAUUAGGAAAGGAUCUAUUACUGAAUACACAGCAGCAGAGGAAAAGGAAGAUGGACGACGCUGGCGUAUGUUCAGAAUUGGAGAGCAGGAUCACAGGGUUGACAUGAAGGCAAUUGAACCCUAUAAAAAAGUUAUCAGUCAUGGAGGUUAUUAUGGAGAUGGAUUAAAUGCAAUUGUUGUGUUUGCUGUCUGCUUUAUGCCUGAAAGUGGUCAACCUAAUUAUCGCUAUUUAAUGGACAAUCUGUUUAAAUAUAUUAUUGGCACUUUGGAGUUAUUAGUAGCAGAAAACUACAUGAUAGUUUAUUUAAAUGGUGCUACAACACGGAGAAAAAUGCCAAGUCUGGGAUGGCUCAGGAAAUGUUAUCAGCAAAUUGAUAGAAGGUUACGGAAAAACCUAAAGUCUUUAAUCAUAGUUCACCCUUCUUGGUUUAUCAGAACACUUCUAGCAAUUACAAGGCCUUUUAUUAGUUCAAAAUUCAGCCAGAAAAUUAAAUAUGUUUUUAACCUGGCAGAACUAGCAGAACUUAUCCCCAUGGAAUAUGUUGGAAUCCCAGAAUGCAUAAAACAGUAUGAAGAAGAAAAGUUAAAAAAGAAACAAAAAAGAGUUGAUCAGGAAUUGAAUGGGAAACAAGAAGAACAGAAAAGUGAACAGUAAACUUGGGAGUCCAAACAAGACCUGAGAAUGUGUAGAUGGAAUGAUGUGAUGCUCUUUUGCAUUAUAAUGCAUUUAUUGGCCCUUAUUUCUGUAUAACCUGUUACAACGUUGACGUGAUUUUCCUUAAUGAACUUUUGUAUAAGGGACUGUUCACUGCUGUAUUGGUUUGCAAAUCUUUUGAAUUUAACUCUUUAAUAGCUACUUUAAUAUUAUAUUGUAAUCAUUUUGUACUUUAUAUUGCUAAAUGUAAAAGAACCACACUUUUUUAUGAGGCAUUUUUGCAUUUGUUUUAUCUAAGUGAUGCAUGUUCUUCAGUAAAAUAUUUAUAUACUUAAAAUGGUAAAGGAAAGAGAUAAUAUAUAUUUUUAUGAUUUUUGAACAAUAUUUUAUAAUAUUGUAUACCUGCAUUAUAGAACAAUGUGCAGGUGAAUAAGGCCAUAUAAAUGACUCUGAAGUCAUUAUUUUGUAAAAUGCAUGAUGGAAUUUUUUGUAAAGGGUUAAACACAUUUCUUAAGAUUUUAGAAAAUUAGGAUGUUUUUAUGUAUUGAGGAUUGGUUAGACCAGUUGUCACAAAUACAUGAAGACUGUUCUUGUUCAUGUAUUGGAUACAUGUCAAAUAUGCCAUGACAAGCUUUCCCCCUUUGAAAUACAUUUUCCCCCUUAUGAAAAUGUAACUACACAAUGCAUUGUACACUUUUUAAACAAGUCAAAAAGCCAUUUUGUGAACUGGAUAAUUGAAGGGACUAGGAAUUGGUGGGUCUGCUUGUGUGCAUAUAUGUAUAGAACCUUUCAACUUCAGGCCAUAGAUAAGAACUUUUCACAUGUCUUAGGACUGUUGAUGAAUGUGAAAUGAAUUGCUUGUGCAGGAUAGCAUUCUGCUGGACUGCUGAGUUACCAGAUAGCACUGCAGAAGAUGUGGCAAGUUGUCCACUGUCACUUUUUGUUCCAUAAAGAGCAAAAGCUUACUUUUGUUUAUCCUGUACCAUAAAAGUAGGCACUUUAAAAAAAUAGAAUAUUUACUUCCUUAUCAUGUCAUUUUUUAAGAACUAGGUAUUUGACUUUAUUCCAUCAAGAUUUUUUUUUCAUGCUCAAUCAUGUUUUACAAUAUCAUAAUGGAAGUUGACUGUAAAUCAAAGUAACAUUAAAUUGUUGUCAAUUAAUCAUUUGAUGAAAAUGUGUAAACUUCUUGUUCAAUUUAGUAAGUACAUUUACUCUACUUAUGAGAAAUGGUACACAUACAACUUGGAAAUUAACUAGGAAAACAACAUUUUGAAGUUGUCUAACAUCUCCAUUACAAUAAUUUCUUGCUAAUGUGUCUGAGUUUUGUAAAUUUCUUUAAGAUCAUUUCUUCAUAGGCUGCCUGGAUUGGGUUUUGAAUGGAGGUUUUAAAAUUCACUCUUCUAAGAUUCUCAUGUGAAAGUAUUUGUCAGACUUCUUUUGCAAAGUAUUUCUUUUGCAAAGGGGAAUUUUUCUUCUCUACCUUUGUUUUUGUUGGUCAUUAAAUUCACAUCAAAGGGCUGUCCAAGAGGAAAAAUUCAAAACAAUCUCCUGAAUUACCAGGAUUAAAUAUCUGUAGAUUUGUGAUUGAGUCAUUUCAGUUAUUUCAGUGUUUCAAGAUCAUUGCAAAGCUUUAGUAUUUAAGACAGAUUCAUAACUGUUAUGGAUAUGGACAAGACUAUAGGUGUAAUUGUCCAUUUGGGGUUUUUUAAUGCAGAAAAAUUAAUAGGCUCUUCUCUUUAUGUCACAGUAAGUUGUCAAUUAUUUAGAAUUAAACUGCCUCAUUCCUCUGUAGUCACCAAGAACGAACUGUUGGUUGUAAUGUGCAUG